AUGCAAUACUUCUUUUCCUUAUCUACGCCACUCAUUGCCCUGUUGUUGUUGGUUUCUUCGGCAACGAGUCUGGUCCAUGGAUCUUAUGAACAACAUCACUGGUUUGAGACAAGACAAGAUACACAUCGCGCACCCCAAAGACCAAGGCCAAUGCCAUCGCUGGUUAUAGACACCUUUCAAGAUCCACUCCACAAUGACUUGGGAUUCUGGCAUGGUACCGGUGAAAACUUGACGCUCCAACACCGCCCUGGCCAGAUGCGUCUUUUCCCAACAGAUCCAGAUCAGAAUUUCCAUACCCAGUUCAAUACGGCGAGCUGUUUCAGCCUGUUGGCCUGGCAUAAUCAAUACUUGCAUGUCGUUUUCGAAGGAAACGAAGAAUUUACGGUCUCGCUGAAUGAGCACAAUGCGGACUGCUACCCGCAUCGAGCCCCAUUCCCAGGUGUGCCAGAUAGCGUUGAAGCAUCGAGGUACAUUAUGAGGACCCGAUCAGGGAGUCGGGAAAAAGAUGAUACAGAUGGAUGGAAUGACUCGAACAACGUUGGUAUGUCCACGAGAACGAAGAAGAAGCGCCCCAACAAGGACAGCUGCCGCGAUGAUAAUGACGAUGAGUCCGACGAUGAUCGAGACCAAGCACCCGCAUCGCCAGAGAGAACAGAGCUCUUCAUUCCUCUCUCUCAUUUCCACAUUAAUCAAAAUCGAGUUGUGUCUGUCUCAUUCACCGGCUUCUACUCCAAAGAACCGAUCACCUUGUACCGAGUCGAGAUUGUGUCGAAUGUUCCAGCGCCCUCAUUGGAGAACAAUCACUUCAUGAUUCCUGACAAGUUGCCGAGUGGACAACUGAUCCUUCGCUGCAGUCGUCCCAACUCCUUUGCGUUCGGUAUUGAUGACGGACAACCGCAGUAUGCGCAGGAAGUCCUUCGAAUUCUCGACGAUGAGGAUGUUCGGGUGACCUUCUUCGCGGUUGGGGCCGGUCUUCGCGACUCCUCGACGAACUUCACUAACUUUUAUCGGGAGAUGAUACGCAAGGGGCAUCAAGUUGCGUUGCAUUCCAACACACACCCAAAAAUGGAGGCUCUUCCCAGGGAAGACCAGAUUGAUGAGGAGAUUGUCCAAUCGAUCCGAACCCUUAGAAACAAUCUCAAUAUUGGCUCUUCAUACUUCCGCCCCCCUUUUGGAACCGUCGGUGCGCGCAUGCGGCAGCGUUUGGCGAAGCAUAUCCACAACCCCUAUAUUGUCAAUUGGAGUGUCGACGUGGAAGAUUGGCUUUGGGCAAACACAUCGACCCCAGAGAGACAACUCGAAGCCUUUUACCGGGGCAUUGCGCGCGGCGGAAAUCUCGCCGUGAUGCACUUCCUGAAUCCCACGACGGUCGGGUAUCUGCCACAAUUCAUUCGACACGUCAAGGGUGUCGGAUUCACAGUCAUGCGGAUCGAUCAGUGCCUGGAGGAUCCUAACAGCCCGCCGCUGUGA